UAGCAGUCACGUACGUAACGCGGCACCAGACACUCCGCCACGUGUGAAAUCGACGUUUUCGUUUCUCCUCGCAACGGGACGACACUGUUUCGUCAGCGAUCGUCAACUCUCGAGCGGGCGGUCGAUUGAUCGAUCUCGUACGCGCCAAUCUCGUUCGCCUUCGCGCCGAUAACGUUCGUCCACCGCGGUGUGAUAACCGCGAGGAGUGAUAAUCGCACAGUGCGCCGAUUGUGUGUGAUCGCGCGAUAUAUAAUUUUGCAGUGAAAACAACCUCCUACUCUCUCCCGGCUCGCAGCGAGAGCGAAAGGGGAGAUGCGGCCUCGCUGUUGGAGCUGAAACCGCCGCGUCGGCUGCGAAAGUUCGUGGACCCGCAUCCGAAAUUGAUCACGAAAAAGUAAGGAUCAUUCGCGUAAGGAUCAUCUGCGCGCUAUCCACUCUCGUAUCCCUCGCUUAAAAAAAAGCAAGAAAUCGAACUGGGCCUAAGAUAAAAAGAAUCGAAAAGUUCAGAUACAAAACGGGUGAGACAAAGGAUCACGGAAUCGCUAGAUCAAGAGUGAAAAAGGAGAGAGAAGGAAAAAAACGAGAGAAAGAGAGGAACAUUUAUAAGAUACGUUCGUAAACUAUAAGAGACAGCUUUUUGAUUCGAUAGAAGGCAGAAAAAAAAGUAAAACGUCGUGAAGAUCUGGCCUUACGCGUUAUUGCUCACUUUCGUGUUAAUUUCGCGUAGAUUUUCUCGUAGAGCCUCAAGGGAUAAAGUGAUAUGCGCGCGCGUGCUUUUUCCGCUCGUGCUUGUGUAACGUAAACCUAGGGGUUUCGCGAUAUUCGAUCAGACACGACAGUAAAAGAGAAAGAAAGAGAGGGAAAAAGAGAUAAACGGAUCGUACACGCGGACACGCGUACGAAACAAGAGAGGAACCGAGAACGAAAAAAAUGGCCAUGGUCUCGACAUGUUCUGUUUUGAGGUAUCGUCUUCUGCUGAACGCUGCGCUUCUCACGUGCCUCAUCGUUCUUCAAAGCUCUGCUAUCGCGGAUAACGCGGACACGACGAAAUUGCCCCCGUGUCCAAGUGAGAUAUACUGCCACGGCGAGUUGCUGCACACGAUACAGAUGGCUGCCGUGUACAAGGACUCCAAGCAUUUCGUCGACAUGAAAAUGAAACGGUCGGCGAACGAGACACUGGCGUCAUUCCGAUCCUUUAUGAAGAAUGUAAACAACGCGCCGACCAAAGAUCAGAUAGAAAAAUUCAUCAAUGAUACGUUCGAACCGCCUGGUUUCGAGUUUGAGCACUGGGAUCCGAGCGAUUGGAAGGAGAACCCCAAGUUUCUUCAAAAUAUCGAGGAUGACGAGCUACGAAAGUUCGGAUCCUCUCUCAAUCACAUCUGGAAAGAUCUGGGCAGAAAGAUGCGGAAGGAUGUAAAGGACAAUGAGGACCUCUAUUCGAUCAUCUACGUGCCGAAUCCCGUGAUUGUGCCUGGCGGCCGAUUCCGCGAGUUCUACUACUGGGACUCGUACUGGAUUAUAAAAGGCCUGUUGCUGUCUGAAAUGCACGACACCGUCAAGGGCAUGUUGAAUAAUUUCGUGUCAGUAGUAGACAGGAUAGGCUUUAUACCGAAUGGCGGCAGAGUCUACUAUAUGAUGCGUUCGCAUCCGCCGUUGUUGAUUCCUAUGGCCGACGAAUAUCUAAAAGUCACCCACGACAAUGAUUGGUUGAAGGAGAAUCUCUGGUUGUUGGAGAAGGAGUUCGAUUUCUGGAUGACAAAUAGAACCGUUGAUGUCGAAAUAGAUGGGAUUAAUUACACACUCGCUAGAUAUUUUGAGGAGUCGUCAGGUCCUCGACCAGAAUCUUAUAAGGAGGACUAUUUGACGAGUGAAAGUUUUCGGACCACCGAAGAGAAGGACAAUUAUUAUUCGGAAUUGAAAACGGCGGCCGAGUCCGGAUGGGAUUUUUCCAGUCGAUGGUUCGUACACGAGGGUACCAACAAGGGCAACCUAACGAAUCUCAAGGCCAGAUCGAUAAUUCCAGUCGAUUUAAACGCUAUAAUAUAUCGAAAUGCCGUGCUGCUAGCACAGUACAAUCGUCAAAUGGGUAACGAGACAAAGGCCGCGUAUUACGACAACAUAGCGAACAAGUGGAAGGAGGCGAUUGGGAUGGUGUUGUGGCAUGAGGAGGUAGGUGCCUGGUUGGACUACGAUAUCCUCAACGACAUUAAGCGGGAUUACUUCUAUCCUACCAACAUCCUACCGUUCUGGACGGAUUGUUACGAUACCUCGAAGAGAGCGGAAUAUGUAUCGAAAGUGCUCAAGUACCUUGAAAAGAAUCAGAUCAUGGUGAAUAUGGGUGGAAUCCCGACAACCCUAGAACACUCUGGCGAACAAUGGGACUAUCCUAACGCUUGGCCGCCUCUUCAAUAUUUCUUCAUCAUGUCGUUGAACAGCACGGGCGAUCCAUGGGCACAGAGACUGGCCUACGAGAUUAGUCAGAGAUGGGUCCACAGUAACUAUAAGGCUUUCAACGAAACGCACAGCAUGUACGAAAAGUACGACGCGACCGUCUCCGGAGGGCACGGUGGUGGAGGUGAGUACGAAGUACAGCUUGGUUUCGGCUGGUCGAACGGGGUCGUUAUGAUUUUGCUGGAUAAGUAUGGUGACAGGUUGACCGCGGAGGAUUACUUCACGCCCUACGUCGUGGUCGAGAACGCGGCGCCACCACAGGUCAUUUCAACGGCUGGUCAAAUGCUGACCGGGCUUCUAGCUCUCAUCAUAUCGUUAGCAGCAGGAUUUAUAGGGAUGGUUAUGUACAAGAGACGACAUUAUUACGUGCCUGGUCCAUCGACGAUGCCGAACAAGAAACAGGGAUUGUCGAGCGGUAGCAAUCUGUACCGGAAGCGUAUCGCGUACACUGAGUUGAAGGACAUGAACAACGAUUGAUGACUGCUCGUCAUCUAGACCGAAUAUCGAUUUGUUACAUGACUAGUGAAACAAAGUACACGCACAAGUGUGAAAAAAGGAAGGAGAAGAGCAACCGGUAGAAUGAAAAAGCGCCGAAAAUGGAGCCAGAAUCAAGUCACACAGAUGUUCCGAAACGCUAGAGUACAGAGCGAUAUACUCACAGGUAUCUUGAGGAGAAGAACGAGACUGGCUGGUGGAAGACUUAUCUCUACUGAUGAAAAAAACAUAGGUGUUCGAAGGCAGAAAUCAUCGCUUCGACGAUGGUCUUCCAAUUUAUGAAAUCGAACAACGACAAGAUUGAUGACCGACAACAGGAUCUCGGAAGCAUUGAAACCAAAGUCUGAGACUCGCUUGGUUCUAAUCGCUGCUUCCGUUUAGUAGUGUCCGCCGAAAAUUUCGAAGAGAGAGCGAAAUAAAAAAGAAGGUAUAGUAUGUAGUGCAUAAAAAUUAAAGUAAAAAAGGAAAAUGUGUGCAGGUGCGUGUGUAUAAGACUCCACUCCAACGAUAGCAGGACUUAGAUUUAGUUUAGCGAAAUA